CCUCGAGAAGCCUCGAUGUCACCAGGACUUGAGCCCCAUGGCCAGCAGGACCCCCGCAGCCCCCUCAGAAAAUGGCGGCGGGAGCUAUCACUCUCCACGGGAACGUCUGAUGAGCGGGACGAGGCCGGCUCGAGGUCAGCUCCUCAGCCCAAGAAGAGACCCUGUACUUUUCCCCAUGAGUGGGGAAGUAUCCCAAAGCAGCAGGGUGCGGGGCGGGGCCGUGCCAAGGCGGGGUGGAGCGGACAGGUGGCCGCUUCCUUCCCCGUUCUCUGCUGGCAGCCCGGUGAGGUAGGGGUCGGCUGUGUCCGCGGCCGGAGGAGGAAAGGAGAGAGAGGAGGAGGAGCAGCGGCGACAGCGGGGGACGGCAAAGGGCAGGGGAUGGGAGGUCCAUCCCCAUCCCGAGCGAUGUGGCAGAGGCGGCAGUAUUUUGUGAAGUUAUCAGGGCUCUUGUUGGCAUCAUCAUUUGCUUGGUACUUGGGAUACGUAUUUGCUGCUCAUGUACCGCAAGAGUCGCUGUCAACAUCUAUAGCUUAUCUUCAAGACAUUGGAAAGAAACCAGUGUUGAGGGUCCCACUCCCCAAAAGGCAGAAGUGUGAUCACUGGUCUCCCUGCUCACCUGGGAGCUACGCCUAUCGGAUUCUUAGUGGUGGUGGCAAAGAGAAGCUGGCUAAAAUCUGUUUUGAGGAUGAGCUGCUUAUAAGUGAAGAAAAGGGUAAUGUUGGAAGGGGUAUAAACAUAGCCAUUGUCAAUUAUGAAACAGGAAAACUAAUAUCAGCAAAUUUCUUUGACAUGUGGGAAGGAGACCACUCAGAAGAGAUGGUGGCUUUCAUUGAAAGUGUACCACAAGGGUCCCUGCUUUUCAUGGUUACUCAUGAUGACGGAAGUGCCCGGUUGAAAAGUAAUGCCAAAAAGUUAGUAGAAACUCUGGGAAGUAAAGAAAUACAAAAUAUGAAGUUCAGGUCAAGCUGGGCUUUUGUAGCUGCCAAAGGCUUCAAGCUCCCAGAUGAUAUUGAAAAGGAAAAGAUAAACCACUCUGACAGUAAGAAGAACAGAUACAGUGGCUGGCCAGCUGAAAUACAGAUAGAGGGCUGUAUCCCAAGAAACCUGAUGUAAACAAAUGCAUACCUCCUUAGCAAAGAUUCUUCUGUAUUUUUAUACAUACAACUCUGGUAGUUUGCAUCCAGAGCCCAAUAAGCACCUGAACAGCAUUUGUAAAAUAAGUAAUAUGUACAGUUUUUGCCCUUGCUUUUAUUCAUGAGGUUUUUCUCUAAUCUGAAAACAAAUAGAUAUUUUGAUGACAAGUGGUAAUAAAAUGCUGUGGUUUGAAGUUACAGUACUUAAACAGUUGUAAAAUACCAACGUUAUUGAAAGUGAUUGUAUGUCGUCAUCAGUAACUUGUUAGUUACUUGUUUUUAACAUGGGUUUCCUUUUGGUUCCCCUUAUACACUACCAUUAAACUUAAUCCAACCUGUUAUAUAAAAUGGCUAGCGAUAAAAUAAUUUAUUUCAUACUAAUUUAUUGGUGACUUCUCUUUAGAAGAAGCCACUACAUUUUUUGAGCUGAUUUUGGUAAUGUUAACAAUCUGGAAUAGCAUUGUUAACAUGCAGAGAAGAAGUCAUUUGAAUUAUUUUAGCAAUUAUAGGCUUCUCAAAUCUACCUGGUUUGUUUUAUUUUCCUUUUUUUUUUUUAUGUUUAACUUACUUUAAGAGUUUGUAAUGACUUCAUGCAAGCUUCAGUGUUGUUCAUGCUAACUGUAGAAUCAGACACAUAUUUGAAGGGAAACUGUAUGAGCCUGUAUUCAAUUUUCCUUUUUCUGACAUAGAUGAAGUAUGUCCAGACUGCUGUUCAUCUCACCUGUUGUUCACAAACCUCCCAUAAGGUAGAUUCCACAGUUUAAGCUGUGUUCCUGUAGCAUCCCACUGUUAUCCAGCCAUUCUCCAAACCCAAUUAAUCUAAAUGGGCCAAGCCAUUGUCAUGCAGUAGGUGUACAUAGCACAUUUCUCUCUAUGCCCAAGGGUGCUGCCAAAGAAAGCAGCUAAAUUUGUUUGAUGCACUUUGACAUUGCCAGACUCACAAUGGUUGCUCCUUACCAAGUGCGCUUCCCACCUCCCACAGCCCAUCGGUGAGAUUGGGACUUGGUUUUUUCCUUGUUGAAACUCUCUCGUUGUUUAGUGUUACUGGGUUUAUUAAACUGCCAUUCGCUCUCAGA